AUGGCAAGAAGCCGGAGCAUGGCGGCGCUGGCGCUCCUCGUCCUGGCCUCCUCCGCGCUGCCCGCGUCCGUCGCCGUGACGUCGCCGUACGUUCGGCCGCCGCCCAGGGCCACGCUGUCGCUGCCCCGGGACGACGACGCCGACGGCCAGACGCCGCAGCAGGUGCACAUAUCAAUGGUAGGGCCUGACAAGGUGCGGGUAUCAUGGAUCACCGACGACGACGCGCCGGCGACGGUCGACUACGGCACGUCGUCCGGCCAAUACCCCUUCUCCGCGACCGGAAACACGACGACCUACUCCUACGUGCUCUACCACUCCGGCAACAUCCACGACGCCGUCAUCGGCCCGCUCCAGCCCAGCACCACCUACUACUACCGCUGCAGCGCCAGCCCGUCGCGGGAGCUCUCCUUCCGGACGCCGCCGGCCACCCUCCCCUUCAAAUUCGUCAUCAUCGGUGACCUCGGUCAGACGGGGUGGACGGCUUCCACGCUGAAGCACAUCGCCGCCGCCGACUACGACAUGCUCCUGCUCCCGGGCGACCUGUCCUACGCCGACUUCGUCCAGUCGCGGUGGGACUCGUACGGCCGCCUCGUGGAGCCGCUGGCCAGCGCGCGGCCGUGGAUGGUGACGCAGGGCAACCACGAGGUCGAGAAGCUGCCGCUGAUCGAGCCCAAGCCGUUCAAGGCGUACAACGCGCGGUGGCGCAUGCCGUACGACUACGCCGCCGCCGCGCCGCCGUCGGGCGACAACCUCUACUACUCCUUCGACGUCGCUGGCGGCGCCGUGCACGUCCUCAUGCUCGGCUCCUACACCGACUACGGCGCCGGCAGCGCGCAGCUCCGCUGGCUCCGCGCCGACCUCGCGGCGCUCGACCGCAGGAGUGGCAGGCCGGCGUUCGUGCUCGCGCUGGUGCACGCGCCGUGGUACAACAGCAACGAGGCGCACCAGGGGGAGGGCGACGCCAUGCGGGACGCCAUGGAGGCGCUGUUGUACGGCGCGCGCGUCGACGCCGUGUUCGCGGGCCACGUCCACGCGUACGAGAGGUUCAAGCGCGUCUACGCCGGCAAGGAGGAUCCGUGCUCGCCCGUGUACGUCACCAUCGGUGACGGCGGCAACCGGGAGGGGCUGGCGGACAAGUACAUCGACCCGCAGCCGACGAUCUCGGCGUUCCGGGAGGCCAGCUUCGGGCACGGCCGGCUCGAGGUGGUGAACGCCACGCACGCGCUGUGGACGUGGCACCGCAACGACGACGACGAGCCGGUCGUCGCCGAUCAGGUGUGGAUCAACAGCCUCGCGGCCAACCCGGCUUGUAACAGAAGCAAGAAGAAGAAGAUGUGA